AUGGAGGGCAGGUCAGGGAAGGAUUCAGUAGAUGAGGUGGUGGAUUUUAUAUGGAUUGAUGGUGAGAAAAGUGGAAGUAAGGUAAGGGGGGAGGGUAUGGGGGCUCAUGGGAUGAUUGAAGAUAACAAGAAAAUGGAGACAAAGGGGGGGAGGGGAAAAGGGAAUCACAAGGUCAGUAAGAGUUGGAAGAGGUUGGUACUGGAGGUUAGCAAAAGGAAGCCACUGGUGGAGGUUAAUAGGGAUGAGGGUGAUUCUGGCAAAGGGAAAAGGAAAGUGGAGGAGCAGGCAGGGAAGGAAAAUAAGAAAAAGUGCAAAACGGGAGUAGAGUGGGAGCCCCUUGACAGUUCCCCAACUAAAGGAGUCUAUGAAGCUCCAUUCUCUAUCAUUGAAUUGUUAAUAGAGGAUAGGGAAGUAGGUGGUGAAUGGUGGUGUGUCUGUGUGUAUGCUAGUGCUGAUGUUAGGAUUAGGAAGGAACAGUGGAAGGUCAUAGCUAGGAGGAGUUGUCUGUGGGGAGAAGCAUGGGCUAUUAUGGGAGACUUGAAUGAUAUUACAUCAAAUAAUGAAAAGUGGGGAGGGAGGCACAGGGCUGAGGUUUGGAAGGAGUUCCCUGGACUUGGUGUAAUAACUGGGGUAGUGAGGGAGAGGUAUAAAGAAAGGAUUGAUAGAGUUUUGGGUAGUCAAGGCUGGAUAAAGAGGUUUGAGAAGGCAAAAUGUACUCAUGUUGAAACUGAGGCUUCUGAUCAUUGUUUAUUGGUACUGGAUACAAAACCAGUAGAGAGGAGGUUCAUGUUUGACAGGAGAUGGUUGGGACAUAGGGAUAUAGGGGAGGUUAUUGAUAAGCUGAUAGAGCAAGUGAAGAAGGAGAUAAAGGAAGCUAAGGAACUGAAAAGUGAUGGUUAUAGGGUCAAGGUAGCUUGCCUGAAAAGGAAGUUGGUUGAGGCUUAUAAAAAAGAGGAGAUAUAUUGGAGUCAGAAGGCUAGAGUGGACUGGUUGAAAGAGGGGGAUAGAAAUACCAAGUUUUUCCAUGCGAAGGUGUUAGGUGUUCCACAGACCAUCACUGAGGAGAUGAAUAGGGAGCUCACCAGGAAUGUAUCAGAGCAAGAGAUCAGCAAAGCAAUCUUCUCGAUGCACCCACACAAGUCCCCAGGACCAGAUGGUCAUUUGCUCAAAUCUGUUAAUGAAACUUUAAUCAGUUUGAUUCCCAAAACUAACACUGCUAGUUCCAUUUCAGAUUUCAGACCUAUAAGCUUGUGUAAUGUCCUUUACAAAAUCAUUUCAAAAGUGCUCACCAAUAGGUUCAAACUAGUUCUGAGUGCUUGUAUUAGUCAUUCCCAGUCUGCGUUUGUCCCUGAAAGGGAUGGUUUCAUGGCUAUUAAAUUGGAUAUGUCAAAGGCUUAUGAUAGAGUAGAAUGGAAAUUCCUGGCUAAAAUGAUGAUGAAGAUGGGAUUCUGUCCAAAAUGGAUUCAGUGGGUGCUGGAGUGUGUAUCUAGUGUUACCUACUCUAUUAAUUUUAAUGGGGAGAAAAGAGGGUACAUUAAGCCAACAAGAGGGUUGAGACAGGGAAAUCCUCUAUCUCCCUAUUUGCUUUUGAUCUGUGCUGAGGGGUUUUCCUCUUUGCUGAACCAAGCAAAGGUGCAUGGAAGGUUGACUGGCUUGAAGAUUGCUCAGGGGGCUCCUAGUCUAUCUCAUUUGUUUUUUGUAGAUGAUUCCCUGAUCUUCUGUAAAGCAAAUGUUGAUGAAGCUAGUCAGAUAAUGAGGAUUCUAGAAGUGUAUAAACAAGCUUCUGGUCAGUUAGUAAAUGUAGAGAAAUCCUCUCUGUUCUUUAGCAGGAAUGUAGGCAGUAGAAUGAAGGAGGGGGUUAUGAGGAAGUUGCAGGGAAUGAGACUUGCUCAGCACAGCAAAUAUUUGGGGUUACCUCUACCCAUUGGACGAUCCAAAAGGCAGGCAUUUGAGUUCAUCAGGAAUAAAGCUAUGGAGAGGCUGCAUGGAUGGAAAGAGCAGUUAUUGAGUCAGGCAGGGAAGGAGGUUCUGCUUAAAUCUGUUAUACUGGCCCUGCCCACCUGGCGAAAAUUGUCUGAAGUGAAAGCUGAAGGAGACCUUGGUUUCAGGGAUCUUCAUGAGUAUAAUCUGGCCUUGUUGGCAAAGCAGCUAUGGAGGAUUUUAACCAGGCCAAAUCUGUUAAUGAGUAAGGUUAUCAAAGCUAGGUACUUCAAGGGGGUCUCUCUAUGGAAGAUGGAAAGCAAUGGUACUGACUCUUGGUGUUGGAAAAGCCUACUGAGGGCAAGGGGGAUUUUAGAAGCAGGGCUAAGGAAGAGGGUGGGUGAUGGACAAUCUAUCAGCAUAUGGGAUGAUAGGUGGCUUCCUGAUUCAGAAGAUGGGAGAGUUAAAACUCAAAGAAGGGAGGAAGUGGGUGUUUUCAGAGUUAGUGAUCUCAUACAAGAAGAUAAGUGGAACAAGGAGUUGAUUGUUCAGGUGUUUGAGGACCAAGAAGGAAAGGAAAUUCUGAGAAUUCCUCUGAGUGUAUUUGAGAGGAAGGACACUGUAUACUGGAUUAAGUCUAGCACUGGGGAGUUUACAGUAAAAUCAGGCUACAGGUUAGCUAAAAGUCUUCGAGGGAAGGGGGAUCAUGGGAGAAGAGGAGCAGAAUCAAGCUGUAGAGGGAAGUACACGCCCCAAGGCUGGAGUUUUCUUUGGGGACUAAAGGUAAAGCAUAAGCUGAAGCACUUCAUCUGGAAGUGCUUGCAGGGUGUGUUUCCUGUAAACGUUGCUAUCAAAGAAAGAUGCUCAAAAGGGGAUCCUAUUUGCAAAUGCUGUGGGGAGUACCCGGAAACUAUUGAACAUCUGCUCUUUUUCUGUGAUAAUGCUAAGGUCCAGACAACACCUAUAAGCUGGGAAGGGUUAGAGUGUUUCAGGAACAGUUUUGGCCACUGGUGGGAGGAGCUGAGGGAUGUCAGGGCAUUGGAAAGUGGUCAGGAGAGAAUUGAGUUGACCGUGAAUGUUCUAUGGCAGAUAUGGAAAUCAAGGAAUAGGAGGCAGUUUGAGGAUAAAAGGAUGGACCCAAUGGCAGUAGUGCAGAAGGCAACUAGGGAGUGGAAAGAGUUCCAGGAGGUUCAGGAUUUGGAAGGGGGGACGGCAGUGCAACAGAAGACAGACAGUGCUGGUUGGGGGAUGAUUGCUAGGGACUGUUUUGGAAAUGUGUUGAGAGCCUGGGCCGUGCCAAGCUCAGGUUUCUCAAGUGCUAAACAGGAGGAAGCUUUGGCUCUAAUAACUGCUAUGCUUAUGGCAAAACAUCAGGGCUGA